CAUUCAGUUUCUAUACCGCCCUUCCAAAAAUGGCUCAGGGCGGUUUACACACAGAAAUAAUAAAUAAAUAAGAUGGAUUUUUAAAAAUGUCAACAAAAUACUGCAUUUCCAAUUCUCAUCUAAAAGAUUUAGCAUGGCCAAAUUUAAAUUUCAUCACAAACAUGCUACACCAACACUUAGUUUCAUAAAAAUGAAUCAAUGACUCUUUAUCACACACCUGCCAAACAUGGACAAUAAUUUAAGUUUCCUCUCAUGAAAAUGGCUCUAAACUUCCCAGCAGUGUCCAGCAACUACCAGUUCUUGCUUUUGGAAAUUUCUGGGCUUUCAGUUUGUUUCAAAGCCUGUUUUUCCUGUGCAAAGGCACAAGCUGGAUAGUGGGGUAGUGGUUUUGUGGUUGAGUUGGUAAAAAUGUGACAUAGGAAAGAAAGUGGUGUAGAAAAACAGUGGGGGUGGGGGAGGGAGAGACGGCUUUAUUCAGUAUACAGCUUCCUGUAGUGUACCACGUUUUGUCACCCAAAAAUUAUCAUAGCUUCUGGUUAUAGGAGAUGCCCCAUAUGGGAAUUUUUUUAAAGAAAAGCCUUCCCUGGGUAAAGAGGAAAAUGUGUCAAGUGUGAGCAGUGCAACAAGGAGAUUCAUGGCAGCUUGAAACAGGUGUCUUUGUAUUCAGUGCUGUUCUGGUUCUGUCACAAAGAGCACUUUUCAAGUUUUAUAUGAUCAGCUCUGCUUUUCUGCUAGCCGCAACAUCAGUGUUGGUGAACUAUUACGCUUUUUUGCACAUAAACUUCCACAGUGCCUAUUACACAACAGCUUUUGGAGUUCAGCUCCUUCCUCAUAAAGGACCUUCCCUCUGGAUGGCGCUCUCUGUUCUUCAGCUUGCCUUUGGAAUUGGCUACGUUGCACUGUUAAAUAUCCAGUCUGUAUACUCUCAACUGAUUAUACUGGAUUUAUUGAUUCCUAUUGCAGGCUUAAUCAUUGACUUACCUUUACACAUCAGGCAAAUCUUAGUCUUUACCUCAGGCUUAAUCUUGACAUUGUAUACCCUGGCCAUUUUAGUUUCUAAAUUGAAAAGAUUUUAUUACUCUGCACGAUAUGUCUACCUUCUUAUAAGGCACAUGUAUCGCAUCUACGGAUUACAAUUGCUGAUGGAAGAUACGUGGAAAAGGAUUCGUUUUCCAGCCGUAUUGCGUGUCUUUUGGCUAACAAGACUGACGGCCCAAGGUGUUGUGCUAAUGUACGUUGUCAGAAUGGCAGAAACGGAUCCAGACAAGAAAUUCUACAUGAUUUCUUGGGACAGUUUUUGGGAACUACUUUGCAGCCUUAUCAUCAGUGGGUGUGAUUCUACUUUAACUGUACUAGGCAUGAGUGCUGUAAUUUCUUCUGUGGCGCAUUAUCUAGGGCUUGGUAUCUUGGCCUUUAUUGGGUCUACUGAUGAAGAUGACAAGAGGCUUGGUUUUGUGGCACCAGUUUUGUUUUUUAUUUUGGCCCUGCAGACUGGUUUAAGUGGACUAAAGCCAGAAGAAAGACUAGUACGCUUGAGUCGAAACAUGUGCCUUUUGCUGACUGCAGUCCUGCAUUUUAUCCAUGGAAUGACAGACCCUGUCCUAAUGUCUCUGAGUGCCUCCCACGUGUCCUCGUUUCGCAGACACUUCCCUGUGCUCUUUGUUUCAGCUUGCCUCUUUAUUCUUCCAAUUUUGCUCAGUUAUAUCCUUUGGCACCACUAUGCACUAAAUACGUGGCUGUUUGCUGUUACAGCAUUCUGUGUGGAACUCUGCCUGAAGGUUAUAGUUUCUAUCACUGUGUAUGUACUGUUCAUGAUUGAUGGCUACUAUAAUGUCCUAUGGGAAAAGCUUGAUGACUAUGUCUACUAUGUUCGAUCAACGGGCAAUAUUAUUGAGUUUAUAUUUGGAGUAGUAAUGUUUGGGAAUGGUGCUUACACCAUGAUAUUUGAAUCAGGAAGCAAAAUCCGGGCUUGUAUGAUGUGUCUACAUGCCUAUUUCAACAUCUACCUGCAAGCAAGGAAUGGCUGGAAAACCUUUAUAAAUCGCAGGACAGCUGUUAAGAAAAUUAAUUCGCUUCCUGAAGUUAAAGGAGAGCGAUUACAUGAAAUAGAUGAUGUGUGUGCAAUCUGCUAUCAUGAGUUUACGACAUCUGCUCGUAUUACUCCGUGUAAUCACUACUUCCAUGCACUUUGCCUUCGGAAAUGGCUCUAUAUUCAAGACACUUGUCCCAUGUGCCACCAAAAAGUUUAUAUUGAGGAUAAGGAGAGCGGUAAUGUCUCAAACAACAAUGGCUUUGUUGCACUUGAUGAAAACGAACUAAAUGAAAAUCCUGUACAAGAAGCAGCUGAUGCUGAUGCUGAAAAUGAACUAAAUGAAAAUAAUGAUAGUACUGAGAGCGAGGAGGAAGAGGAGACUGAGAACUCAACGCAGUCUGCGGUCACAGUACCUGAAGAGCACUCCGAGCAUUGAACCCAACUUCAUGUGGGUUUAAAAUGUCAUGUACUGAACACUGCGGGUAUUUGUUAAUAGUGGAGUUCAUCAAUGGAAUAAAAGCUUCACUUCAUCAGUGUGUAUCUAAGCACAAGAACAGUAUCUCAAAAUGUUGAAUCUGUGAAUGGGUUGUCAAUUUACUGUGAUGUGCUACUGUAAAUAUACCUCUAAUUACUGCUGGUCUCUUUUGUGACCACCUUAAACUUUAUGUACAUUAUUGUACAUGGAAUAAAAUGUUUUCGCAUAUUUUUUAAAAA